GACGUUUUGAAGGAAGUCCCAGGGUUGUUUUGGACGUGCGGUGACCACGUGUAGCAGCAGAGGAAACUUCUCUGCGGACUGACUGCAGUUUGGCAGCUUUAUAUCCUCCACCAGGCUCAUAGCCACUGCCCUCACCCGUGGGUUCGUCCCAGCAGCGCAGAAACACCAGAGCCGGUCCUGAGACAGAGAUGUCAGCGGGGGGUCACACCACCAGCAGCCGGGCCAUCCCGGCCGUCAGGCGGGUCGCCAUCCACGACUCUGCUCACAUGCCCCAGGAUUACUCCACGACUCCUGGAGGGACUAUGUUCAGCACUACACCAGGAGGUACCAGAAUCAUCUACGACAGGAAGUUCCUCCUGCAGUGUCGGACGUCUCCUCUGACCCGUACGCCUCCCAAACUGCCCGACAUCCCAGGAGUCACCAGGCCGCUCAAACCUGAGUCCUCCGACAACACAAAGCAGCCUGAACAGACGGCCAGCAAUAACAACGACCACCUCCAUCCAGAGGAGAACGCAGAAGAUGCCCAGUUUGAAAUGGACAUCUGAAGAGAGGAUGACGAGGACAAAAAGUGAUUUACAGCGUUGCUUUUUUUGUUUACUUGGAUGAAAGAUUGUCGGCUAAAAUGAGAAGCCUUGUCUUACUAAAAUGUAAUCCACUUUCAGAUUUGUUCUGAAAACAAGAUGGCAUUUUUUUUUAUAAUGCUUAAUAUGUGUAAAAAAGAUUUUAAAACACUAACUAAUGCAUAAAACAGUUUCUUUACUAUGACUUUGUAUGAUGUGUGAAAUAUUUGACAUGUAAAUCAAAGUCUUGUGACGAUUAAACCUUUAAUAUUUUA